AAGUCUGCAUUAUUUAAAUGAAAUAUAAAUGUACUUCUGAUGUAGUACACACACAACAAAUAGCGCUCUUUCAUAAAACGGUGUGUAAUAAACAGCACCUACUUGUCUUUUAAUCAUGCUAUCGCAAAACCAAUGGGCUUAUUUGAAAUAUAGGCCACAGGACUUCGAAAUGUCAGAAUUUCAUAAAUUUUCAACCCAUUUGUUACGACACAAGUGCACCUGUUUAGGACACUUAUGUAGGUUUAUAAGUCAGUCUUCCUUGUCUGAGUGCGAGGCUUCCUCCCAGCCUAAUUCAACAUAAUGCAGCAGUUAUAGCAGAAUUUUAACCACGCAGACCCUAAUUUCCAUAUGCAGAUCUGUCUCUCCCAGCCGUACCUCUCGCCAUCACACCAUUUCUUGCAUUCUAAUGCAUUCUCACAUCUUUACAAAAUCCCCCCCUCUCUCUUCCACCGCACGCCGAGGAUGUGCUCCCUUUUUCAGUCCAGUUAAAACCCUGUCAUUUCUUCCCGUGUAAGCCUAAUUGUCCCAGCCACGAGAGCCACAAUAAAGCAGGAUGUUUUGCAUGGUUUUACUUUGCAUCUUUUAUCAAUACGAGUCAGUGGAGAUCGUAAAGAGAAGAAAAAAAUGGACGCGACGGGAAUCUUUUCUUUUCUUUUCCGUGUGGAAGCGUCGACCUCCCGCUUUGCUUUCAACAGGAGACUGAAGUCCGUCUGUGAGAAGGCUCUAUCGCCUGGAUGAGAAAGGCUUCAUGUUCAGUGGAUCUUUGCUGGUGUUCUGCAUCCUGCUGCAGAGGAACCUUGCGACCACAGAGGGGCAUCAUGGGACCAACCGCCACGUCUUCUACGCCGUCCAGAUGAGAGGAGGCGCCAAAGCCGCCCGAGCUCUGGCCGAGCAGCACGGGCUGGAGUUCAUACAGCUGGUCGGCAGCCUGGAGGGCCUGUACACCCUGAGGGACAGCAGGGGGCGCUCUGAUAGAGUCACCUUUGAGGGGAGACUUCGGUCUGCAGCAGGGGUUCUCUGGGUAGAGAGGCAGCGAUGUCAUUACAGAGACAAGCGGGUUCACCUGACGGGACGAGACUACGUUCGGACGAAAGGUUCCCAGAGGAAACGGCCUCCAGCUGACAGCCCGUCUGAGGAGAGGAUGGACGACCAGUCGCUCACCUUCAACGACCCGCUCUGGCCCAUGCAGUGGGAACUGUUUGCACAGGGUGAAUACAACUCUAGUGGGUUUGACCUGAAUGUGAUGCCAGUUUGGAGGAACAACAUAACCGGCAGCGGAGUGGUGGUCAGCAUCAUCGAUGACGGUGUGGAUCACACAAACAAGGACCUGAGGAAAAACUUUGAGGCCCUCGCCAGCUUUGACCUGCGGGCCUCGCACGGUCUGUCUCAUGAUCCCAUGCCUGUCAGAGAUGAGGAGAACAGUCACGGUACGCAUUGUGCCGGCGAAGUUGCUAUGGAGGCCAACAACUCCUACUGCGGUGUGGGCAUCGCCUUCAAUGCCAGGAUAGGAGGUAUCCGUCUGCUGGAUGGCGUCGUCACGGACGCCAUGGAGGCCUCGGCUCUGACCUACAACAUGCACUUCAUCGACAUCUACGUCUGCAGCUGGGGCCCGCGGGACAACGGGGAAGAGAUGGACGGGCCGCACCGCCUCACGGAGCGAGCCCUCCGGCUAGGAACUCAGAAGGGCCGACGUGGGAAGGGCAGCAUCUAUGUGUGGGCGGCAGGUAAUGGUGGAACGCAGCGUGACCACUGCGGCGCAGACGGGUACGUUAACUCCGUCUACACCAUCGCCAUCGGAGCCAUCACCCAGACCGGGAAGCCCGCCUACUUCGGUGAACCCUGCCCCGGAGUGAUGGCCGUCACCUUGACGGGUUCCAACGUGGGAGACUCGCUACCUUUGGUGACUGUGACCAACACUGGAGAUGGGUGUGUCAUGCACUUCCCAGGAACCUCCAGUGCCGCUCCGAUUGCUGCAGGGAUUCUAGCUCUUGCUUUGGAAGUGAAUCCACUGAUGACAUGGAGGGACGUUCAGCAUCUGAUCGCCAUGACGGCAAAGAUCCCCGACCCCGAAGAGCCGGGCUGGACCAUCAAUGCAGCAGGAUACCAUGUUCACCACAGGUACGGGUUUGGAGUGUUGGACGCUGGGCUGAUGGUGCAGCACGCUGCGCUGUUCCAGGGAGCUGCUCCACAGAGGAAAUGCAAGCAAGAGGUUGCAUUUAAUCCAGCCAGAUCCUUCUCUGCUGGAGGCCAAGUGAGCAUCGGCAUCGAAUCUGAUGCCUGCCGAGGGAGAGCUGAUGAAGUCAACACUUUGGAGCAUGUGCAGGUGAGAGUGAGUAUUUCGGCGCCGUGUCGCGGCGACCUCUCCAUAAGUCUGGAGUCUCCGGGCGGCACGGUGUCUCUGCUGCUGGACACCCGGCCCAACGACGCCUCGGCUGCUGGCCUGAAGAACUGGACCCUGAUGACGCUGCACUGCUGGGGGGAGGAGCCGCGAGGCCUGUGGACCCUGAAGGUCAGAGAAAGCCUUUCCCCCUCUCAGCUCUACUGA